AUCACAGAAACUCCAGCACCGCACUGAAACGGUUAUCAGUUCUCUUUAGCAGAAACACAACAUGAAUAUUAAAUGGAUCAUCACUCUAACGGUUCUGUUAAUUGCUGAGAAUGAUGGGAUUUCAGGAAAAGACGUGCGAGUGAAACUUUGUGGCCGUGAGUUUAUCAGGAUGGUUGUGACAUUGUGUGGAAGUUCACGACUGAGACGCUAUGCACCUGAGAUUAACCCUAUGUCCAUCAGUCCUCACGAAAUAAAGAGCAGCAGUGAAGAUCAGACAAUCAACAACUCUCCAGAGAACUCUUCAUUAUCAUCGUUUCUCAAAAUCAUGGAGUCUCUGGAACAUUCGAGCUCUAGGCUGCAGCGUGACAUCGGUCCUGCAGGAGUGUGCUGCAGAUCUGGAUGCACCAAGACUGAGCUGGUUCAAUACUGCUGAACAUAAAUACUCAACACUGCUGAACAUAAACACUCAACACUGAUGAGCAUGACGGCUAAACACUACCGAACAUGAAAAUAUUCAUUUUUCAGUAGUAGUCAGGUUUAUUUUCUUGCUUUGUUUGCAGUAAAUCAUCUUUCUGUCAAAUUUUAGAGUAACUUUGUUUUUUGUUUAAUUGCAAUGAUAUAAUCAGAAA